AUGGUGAAGGUGGACUUGUUAUUCAAUUAUGGAGGUGACUGGAAAAUAAUACCAAAAGUGUUAUAUACAAGAAAGUUGGUGUACACUUGGAAACAGUAUGAUUCUGACCUUCUGUCUUUCAUAGAUGUAGUAAAUGAAUAUACCUCAUCUACUAUAGGGUAUGUUGGUGUCCAACAAUUGAUAAUUUGUGGUCCUUUUGGUAGAUUUUAUGAAAUAGUAGGGGAUGAUGGUAUUAGGACUUUGCAAAACAUGAUUUCUGACCAUUUCAAUGUAAUUAAUGUAUUUGCUGUAGAGGAUAGUGAAAUGGGGGUUCAUGUUCCUAAUAUUGUCGACCAUAAUGAAUCACAAACAGUAGAGUGUGAGGUUGCAACUGAUUGUAGUUCAAAUGAGAGUGAAGAUGAGACUGUUUUUUCUUAUUAUGAUUCUGAUGACUUAGAAGUAAUUGCACUACAAAAAAAGAGGGAGAUUUCUGAAAAGUUGACUGAAUACAAAGAGAUAUACAAAGGAAUGACAUUCAAAGAUAUACCUGAGGCUAGAAAGGUGAUAAAUUUGUAUUGCUUAGCCAACUGUUAUGGUCUAAAACAACUGAAGAGUGACAGCAUUAGACUGAGGUGCAGGUGUGAGGUUGGCUGCCCCUUUGUAUGUCUAAUUUCUGAGGAUAAGAAGGGUGGUGGGGUUAAGAUCAAAACUCUUAAGUCAAAACACAAGUGUAACCCUGCAUAUGACAACCCUAGGAUAGACAAAAAUACUAUAGCAGAAUAUUUCAAGAACAAGCUGCAAGAGAAUCCUAUGAUCAAAGUUAAGGAGAUGAAAUUGACCUUAAAAAAUACUUUCAACAUCAAUGUUAGCCAUGCAAAGUGUAAGAGGGCCAAGAGAAUGAUACUUGAAUCCCUUGCUGGUAGUUUUACUGAUGAGUAUAAUAAGAUAGAGGCAUAUGCUAAUGAAUUGAGGCUGAGUAAUCCAGGGAGUGAUGUAAUAGUUACCUUAUCCAAGGAUGCACUUGCUGAAGGAAAAAGAAGAUUUUCUAGGAUGUAUAUCUGUUUUCAUGCUCUUAAAAUGGGGUUUAAGAGUGGGUUGAGACCCUUUAUUGGCUUGGAUGGAACCUUCAUGAAAGGAAAGGCCAAAGGUCAGCUUUUAGUUGUUGUUGCUCUUGAUUCAAUGAAUCAUUUUUAUCCUAUUGCUUGGGCUGUUGUGGAUAAAGAAACAAAGGUCACCUGGACCUGGUUCUUGACAUUGUUGAACAAUUCAUUAGACCUCAAGCUAGGGGAAGGAUACACAUUCAUGUCAGACAUGCAGAAGGGCUUGAUUGAGGCAGUUCAGGCAGUAGUUCCUGAUGCACACCACAGAUACUGUGUGAGGCACAUAGAGGCUAACUGGUGUAGAAGAUGGGGUGCUGGGGAUUUGAAGAAAAAGUACUUAUGGUGGUGUGCAUGGAGUAGCUAUGAAGCAGACUUCAAGGAUCAACUGAAAAACUUGGGAGAAAUUGAUGAAAAAGCUGUUGAAGACCUGUUGAGGUAUCCUCCACAAUCAUGGUGUAGAGCAUACUUUGACACAGUAUGCAAGAACCAACAAGUGGACAAUAACCUAACAGAAUCCUUCAACUCAUGGAUACUAGAUGCUAGGCAUAAGCCAAUUAUCAGAAUGCUUGAAGACAUAAGAGUUAAGGUGAUGAAUAUGUUGAGAGAGCAUGAAAGUGAAGUGCUGACUUGGACUGAAAAUGUAAGUCCUCAUACCAUGCAGUUAUAUUAUCAAUUCUUGAACAGUGCACAAAAAUGUACUGUUGAUUCUAAUGGAAAAGAUGGAUAUGAGGUAAAUGAAGGAACUACUGAAAAGCAUAGAGUGAACAUCAACCUGAAAAAAUGUACUUGCAGAACAUGGGACCUUACUGGGAUCCCAUGUCCUCAUGCAAUUAGAGCAUUACUGUACAAAAAAAUUAAUCAUGUGUCUGAGAUUCAUUGGUGGUUCACCAAGGAGGCUUAUCUCUCCACUUAUGCACAUAAGUUAGAACCAAUUAGAGGAGAGAAGUUCUGGAACAUAAAGCCAACUCAUGCAAUGGAUCCACCCCUGCUAGUGAAUAUGGCUGGUAGGCCUAAAGUGAAGAGGACUAGAGAAAAGAAUGAGACAAUAAAUAGGCAAGGGGAGUGGUCUCAAUCCAGAAAAGGCAGGGUGAUGACUUGUUCCACAUGUGGAAAGCCUGGACAUAAUGCUAGGGGAUGUCAAAAGGUAACCUGA